GCAACCUCUCGCUCAGUUUACUGGCUUAUCUCCCGCCCUCACAGACCUAAUCCAGAAAUCGAAACUGAACCAGUAACCAUGCAGAAGGCGCCUGCACCCCCUGGAUCUCCCUGUGGACAACAGGAAUCUGCCCCGACCCCCACGCCCACCAUGCCUCCCCCAGAGGAACCCUCCGAAGACUAUGAACACAGCCAAAGCCCUGCAGAGCAAGCCAUAAAGGAGGAAUUUCAGUUUCUGCGCUGCCCCGGCUGCCAGGCCCAAGCCAAGUGCCCCAAACUGCUGCCUUGUCUGCACACGCUGUGCUCCGGAUGCCUCCAGGCGCCUAGCCUGCAGUGCCCCAUCUGCAAGGCGCCUGGGUCGGCCGAUGCUAAUGGGGAGGCCCUGGAUAACGUGUUCUUCGAGAGCCUGCAGCGGCGCCUGGCGGUGUUCCGGCAGAUCGUGGAUGCGCAGGCUGCAUGUACCCGCUGCAAAGAAUUGGCCGACUUCUGGUGUUUCGAGUGUGAACAGCUCAUGUGCGGCAAGUGCUUCGAUGCACAUCAGUGGUUUGUCAAGCAUGAGGCCCGGUCCCUGGCCGAGCUCCGCGACAAUUCAGUGAGCGACUUCCUCGACAGUACGCGCAAAUCCAACAUCUUCUGCUCCAAUACCAACCACCGCAACCCUGCGCAGACUGACAUCUACUGCCGAGGCUGCGCCAAGCCUCUGUGUUGCACAUGCGCGCUCCUGGACCGCAACCACAGCCAUCUUCAGUGCGAUAUUGGUGAGGAGAUUCAGCAGCGCCAUGAGGAGCUAGGCGCCAUGACACAGGCUCUGGAGGAGCAGGGCACAACCUUCGACAGUGCCCAUGCACAGAUGCGCUCAGCCUUAGGCCAGCUGGACCACGCACGCGCAGACAUUGAGACGCAGAUCCGUGCACGCGUGCGCCAAGUGGUAGACUAUGUGCAGGCUCAAGAGCGCGAGCUGCUCGAGGCGGUGAAUGAACGCUACCAGCGCGACUACCAGGAAAUAGCUGGCCAGCUGAGCUGCCUGGAAGCUGUGCUGCAACGCAUCCGCACUAGUGGGGCGCUGGUCAAGAGGAUGAAGCUCUACGCCUCCGACCAGGAGGUGCUGGAUAUGCACAGCUUUCUACACAAGGCACUCUGCAAUUUGCGCCAGGAGGAGCCCCAGAACCAGAAAGUCCAGGGGCUCACCAGCGGCUUCGAGGAGUUCAAGUUGUGCCUGCAGGACCUCAUCUCCUGCAUCACCCAGAGGACAAAUGCGGCUGUAGGUACGAGAGCCAGCCCAGAGGCAGCCAGCAGGCUUGAGCCCUCGACUGACCUUGAGCAGCCCAAAGAAGUGCAGAGGGUACAGGCUCAGGCCCUAGAGCUGUGUAAGACCCAACCUGUGGCUAUAAUAAAGACAGUUCCUGGAGCCCACCCUGUACCAGUGUAUGCCUUCUCUAUGCAAGGUCCCACCUACAAAGAGGAGGCUUCUCAGACAGUCGGCCCCGUGAAGAGGAAGUACUCCCACGAAGAUUGCUCCAGGAAGAGCAUCAAGAUGGAGUCCACAGAGAAGAAUGAGGACGGGUUGACCACAAGCUCCCCCGAGCAGCCCAGGCCCAGCACUUCCAAGGCCACCUCACCUCCUCAUCUGGAUGGGACUUCUAGCCCUGAGAGCACCGUCCCUGAAAAAGAGACCCUCCCGCCCAACAACAAUCAUGUUACCAACGACACAGGGGAUACAGAGGAGCGAGUCGUGGUGAUCAGCAGUUCAGAGGACUCGGACACCGAGAAUCUGUCCUCCCACGAGCUGGACGGUAGCAGCAGUGAGUCCAGUGGCCUGCAGCUGGAGGGCCCCAAUUCCCUCAAGGCCUUGGAUGAGAGCCUCGCCGAACCCAGCUUAGAAGACAGGACCCUGGUUUUCUUUGACCUCAAGAUUGACAAUGAAACCCAGAGAAUUAGCCAGCUGGCAGCCGUGAACCGGGAAAGCAAGUUCCGUGUGCUCAUCCAGCCCGAGGCCUUCAGUGCCUACUCCAAGGCCAUCUCCCUGGAAGCGGGGCUGCAGCACUUCCUCAGCUUCCUCCGCUCCAUGCACCGUCCCAUCUUGGCGUGUCCUAAGCUGUGGGGGCCCGGACUCCCCAUCUUCUUCCAGGCCCUGAGUGAUAUUAACAAGCUGUGGGAAUUCCAGGACGCCAUCUCAGGUUUCUUGGCCGUGCUGCCCCUCAUCCAGGAACGCAUACCCGGCGCCAGCAGCUUCAAACUUAAGAACCUAACCAAGACCUACCUGGCGAGAAACAUGAGCGAACGCAGCGCCCUGGCUUCUGUGCUGGCCAUGAGGGACCUGUGCUGCCUCCUUGAGGUCUCCCCAGGACUGCUGCUGGUCCAGCAUAUCUACUCCUUCAGUAACUUGCAGUGUUUUGCCUCCCUGCAGCCCCUAAUUCAGGCUAGUGUCCUGCCGCAGCCCGAGGCCCGCCUCUUGGCCCUCCACAAUGUGAGCUUUGUAGAGCUGCUGAACGCAUACCGCACCAACAGGCAAGAAGGCUUGAAGAAGUAUGUCCGCUAUCUGAGCCUGCAGACCACCCCGUCGUCGUCAUCAUUAUCAUCGGCUUCCACCCAAGUUGCCCAAUUCGUGCAGGCUGUGAGCACCUACAUGGAAGGACUGUUGGAAGGCCAUGCCCCUGCUGGGGCAGAAGGCAAUGCUACUGUUCUCUCUGACAGAGCUGAAAACACCAGAGGCACCCCAGACCUAGACCUCCCUUCUAGAAGCCAGAACCAGGAAGGCUUGCAUAAAGAAGGCAUGGCCUCUGAGCUCUCAAGGGCCCCAGUUACCACCUACCACCACCACCACAGGUGGCCUUGCAGCUCUUCCUGGAUGUUCGAUUCAUGGUGUUUUCCAGAUAGCCCAGAGUUCCAGCUUUGACAGCCUGAUGGCCUCCACUUUCAUAUGAAUGAUGCCAGCAUGCCCACACCUCUGACUCAUCAUAUGGGUGUUCUAAGGCACCCAAUGCUGCACCCUUUAAUACAGUUUCUUGUGGUUGUUGUGAUUACCCCAACCGUAAAAUCAUUUUGUUGCUAUUUCAUGUCUGUAAUUUUGCUAGUUAAUGAACCGUAAUGUAAACGUCUGGUAUGGAGAAUAUAUGAUAUGCGACUCCUAUGAAAGGGCCGUUUGACACCCCCCCCCCCCAGUGGGUCACGACCAACAGGUUGAGAACUGCUACUCUAAGGCAUUCUGUAGAAGCUCAUUCCUACCACAGUAAGGCUGAACUCUGAAAACUAUCCAUUAGAGCCCUGGUUCUGGGUGGGGAUAAGGAUGGGAGGAGAAAGGUUGAGACCCUGGCCUGGCUGUACUGACAAGGUGGUGCUGGGGCCAUGUCUCACACCUGGCCCUCGGCCUAUCCCUGAACUAAGCAGGACCCAUUGUGGCCCAGCCUCAGCAGGCUGCUUGUCUUUAGCUGAUGUUGGAUUAAUGACAGAAGGAAGCCCCUCCCCUUACUGCUGUCAAAGCCUUCAGUAAACAUGCGAAUCCUGAAACCCUAACAUUCUGAUUGCAAGCUCUACUCCUCCCUCCUUCCCUAGAGGAGCCUUUGAGGCGCCUCUUUCCUGGGGACAAAAGGCUCUCCUAGACACGGGUGAGCAGGUAAUCGCCCAACUUGGCUUUGGGGAAAGUCAGGGUAGCAGAGGAUCGCCUCACCUCGUCCAGAGCGAAGGACACGGAUCCUCUAUUUCAAGUAGGGAAGCCCAGGUGGACUUUGCUCAGGAUGGUUCCCAAAGUGAGAGGCACCUCCUACGGGGAGGCACAAGCCAGAGACCAGGACCUGCAGGCCCUUUGCUGCUGGGUCCUCUCCUGUUUUUAAGUUUCUAGAGCUGGCAAUAAAAUCUUAUGAGCUGAAAGUGAGGAGCAGUGUAGGAAAUUGUGGUUGAUAUCCUAGAUGGAGCUUAGCUUAGAACUUUCUAAGCGCCAAUGCACAGCGUUCUAGGGAAUGGUGCUCCUUGGCUGGGUGAGCUGCCAGGUUUGCUCAACAAUNCCCCCCCNCCCCCCGCCACUGUACCCUCUUGUCCAGGUGCCCAAUUUCCACUUCUAGAGCUUUAGUCGCUCAGCUUGGCCCUUUGACCAAAAUAUAUCAAAGUUUAAAUAUGUUGUGUGUACCACAUUUUAAAAUUUUUUCAAGGUUUACCCACAGACAUAUCAAUCAAAAGCUUAUUGGUCUGGAAGUUGGGAUUCAGGUUUUGGUAGAUCGUGGCCCUGAUCUGAUACUCCUAACUCCCUGGUCCUUGGGCGGCUCCUCUGUAAAAUGAGAAAAUGUAUAUUUUUACUUCAUGAGAUCUUUGCUGGAAUUAAUGAGAAGGGUCAGUGUUUAUGACUUAAGGGCUUAUGUUACAGACAAGUAAGAUGAGAAUUACCACUCUUUAAGAAAACAAACAGCAAGUCUUAGCAACAUAACAAGAAUACACACUGUGUUGGGGGAGAGGCUGGGAGGGAGCCAAGAAGAGUCAGGCACCACCGCAUCUUAGCAAGUGAGCAGUAGUUGGCUUUGUGUUCCUGAUGCUCCAAAUGGGAGAAGGACCUGCAAUAAUACAGAUCAGGCUUCUUGGGGCUGCUUGGCUCGUUUCUGCCCUAACCCCUCUUGAGAACAAAGGCUAGCUCAUGCCCUUGUGAAUGUCCCUUGAAAGUCUGCUUUAGCCUAGUCUCAACCUGCACAACACCCAAAGGCUACCCAGGUGCCUGCUGUUCUGCCACCCUGGACCCUACUCAGUUUCACCUUCAAAGUCUAACCUUGGGCCUGCCCCUCUCAGCAGGUCUCCUGGGUCUUCUGAGACUCCCUGCAUUGGGGGUUUCUGCUUCUUUUGUUCUUUGUUAAGGAUGCAGCUAGUUAGGUUCCCUGGGUGUGGUACACUAACCAUUAACUCAGGACUGAACCAUCCCAGGUAGAAGAGGAUCCAAGCUUACAUUACCCCCAGCUUCUGUCAGCAGAGGGCGCCACAGCCCACAUGUCUGACCAGAGGUUUGCUGGACCAUUGUGCACAGCUCUGUUGGGGUUGGUAGCCUAGGCAUAAUGUGUCCCAGCCCUUUGUAAUGUGUUGGGCAUUCUGGGACUACAAGAGACAGUUUUAGGUAGCUAGCCCACAGAGAAGAAUUUUCAAAUGUCGAAGUCUUUAUAUUUAUUCGAACACCUAUCGAGAACGAUUUCUGAGGUUGCUCAGAAUGCCACUAACUUGGAAUUCCUUAAAGGUAUGCUUAUCAUUAAUACUAAGUAACUAUAAGCCCAGAAGAAACACAGGCACAGCAAACCUGUAAAUGUGGAAGCGUUUGGGAAAUGUUGGGUCAUCAGUGAAAUUAGGACAGGGACCACAGGAGAGUGAGAGAAGGCUGAGCCAGGUUUAGUCCCAAUUCUGACUUGGGCGUGGGGUGCGUGGGCUAAGCUAGUUGUCAGUGAGGAGAACAUGACCUGCAGUCUAGCUGGGGGUAAAUGGUAAGAUGUGGGCUUAGAUCAGACUCGGUCGCAUCUGGAGCAAAGGUCGUGAAUCCAGGGGAAAUCUGAGCCACGCACUCACUGGUCUCCAGGUGUGGCUUUAGCAAUGGAGGAAUCCCUGAAGCUUCUGAGGAACUGCUCACAUGGUACCCCAACACACGCGCUAUCCCUUUCUGGGACCGUCUUUUAGAAGCAUCUAGGAGGCCCUCUGCAGCAGCUCCCUGAUCCCCAGGGGCCAUGUCCACCAAUCACAGGAAAGAUUGAGCCAUGUGCAGGUCUUUCUAGGGGCAAGAGCCCAGGACAUCAGGUGCUUUCUUUGUGCAUGCAUAGUCUCCCGGCUGUCAUACUAGGAGGGAGGCUGCGUGCAUGACUUAGCCGCCAACGCCAAGUAGCUUCAACCCCUCCUCCCAGCUACACCAUUUCUUUACACCUUGGCCAUCUUUUUCCUACCAGUGAACACAGGGAGCAGCAAAGCCAAUAUCUUGCUGGAGGUCAGCUCUCUUGCCUAUGCAGGCAGAAGUAGACCAGAGGGAGCCCAUGCCUAGGCCACUGCACCAGGUGUCUGGCCUUGAGCUUGGGUGUAAGUUUCCUGUCUCCCUUCAGUGGCGUCCUGAUUGCCCAGUCUCGGGUGAUGAGAAAUGAAGGCCCCCCGAAGCUCCUGUCUCCCUCAGCCUGGUACCACUGCUCAAGCUUAUCCUCAUUUCCUUUUUAAUUUUAGGGCAGUGUCUCUCUACCUCUUUUUUUGUUAUAUUACUGCCACCCCCUAAGGAAUCUUUUAAGGUAAUUUGGUCCUAUUUUCACAUUCCUCCAACUUAUGUGCUAAUACCAGCUAUGCCUGGCCUUCUCUGGGACUUUUUCGACUUUCGACCUUUAAAAGGAAUGUUUUCUUUCAUCCACAACAGUUUGGACAGUGAGAACUCAGAGUCAUGGUUUCUGUAAGGUUGUCAGCUGCCUGCCAGGGAUCAGUUUCCCUCUCCUGGGGUAGUGGGUGCUGUCUUUGUUGAGGAUGUAAAAUUUCUGGAGAGGUCCCAUCUCCGGUUACAGUGCAAGUCGGAGCUGGUCAUGGAGUGCUGAGCCUGCUGUGGGGGUGGGUACAUGUGGAAAGCAAGGACAGAAGAUAUGGCUGAGAUCUCUGAGGACACGCCCCCUCAGUAGUGGAGGCCUAGUACAAGGAGGGCCACACCUGAAGCUGGGGCUCAAGAAUGGUAGGCAGGUCCAUCAUUAAUUCUUGUCUCUGAACCCAGAUGUCAGCUCCAGAUCCACUGGGCUUAAGUGAAAAGAUGCCCGUGGAGAGAAGGAUCUAGAAUUUCCACUCACUCUCCCCAUCAUUUACACACACACACACACAGAGGAAGUUUGAAAGUCCCUAUCUGCCGGGCGUUGUGGUGCACGCCUUUAAUCCCAGCACUUGG